AUGCCCAUCGCAAUCGGCCUCGAAGGCUCGGCUAACAAACUGGGCGUCGGCGUGAUCCUCCACCCAACACCCACCCCUCCCUCACCCCACGAUAGCGCCCACAGCGACGAUGAGCACAACCCUUCAUCUUCCCAAAAGAGACCCCACCACCAACCAGUCCAAAUCCUCAGCAACCUCCGCCACACCUUCAACGCCCCUCCCGGCUCCGGUUUCCUCCCCAAAGACACAGCAGCCCACCACCGACGAUGGGUUGUCCGCCUCACAAAACAAGCCAUGAAGCAGGCAAAUGUGAAGAUCGAGGACAUCGACUGUAUAUGCUUCACGCAGGGACCCGGCAUGGGAGCGCCACUCUCAGCUGUAGCGAUCGCUGCGAGGAUGUUGUCACAGCUGUGGGGUAAGCCGUUAAUAGGUGUGAACCAUUGCGUUGGCCACAUUGAGAUGGGGAGGGCGGUUACUGGUGCAGACAAUCCCGUUGUGCUAUAUGUUUCAGGUGGCAAUACACAGGUCAUUGCAUACUCUGCACAACGCUAUCGGAUCUUUGGCGAGGCGUUGGAUAUUGCGGUAGGGAAUUGUUUGGAUCGCUUUGCGAGAGUGCUGGCGAUACCGAAUGAUCCGGCCCCGGGGUACAAUAUUGAGCAGUUGGCGAAGAAUGGGAAAGUGUUGGUCGAAAUACCGUAUGCUGUGAAGGGGAUGGAUGUUUCAUUCUCUGGUAUCCUAGCGCGGAUAGAGGAGUUGGCGCAUAAACUUGGUGAGGACUGGAAGGAUCCGGAGUCUGGCGAGGUCAUCACAAGAGAGGACCUAUGCUUCUCGCUACAAGAAACGGUCUUUGCUAUGUUGGUGGAAAUCACGGAGAGGGCGAUGGCGCAUGUUGGGGGUUCGCAGGUCAUGAUUGUGGGUGGUGUUGGCUGCAAUAUCAGGUUACAGGACAUGAUGGGUAUGAUGGCCGCGGAACGAGGAGGCAGCGUCUAUGCUACAGACGAACGAUUCUGUAUCGAUAACGGCAUCAUGAUUGCACAUGCUGGACUUUUGGCACAUGAGGUGGGCUUCAAGACGAAGAUGGAGGAGAGCCAAUGCACGCAGCGAUUCCGGACAGAUGAGGUUCUGAUUAAUUGGCGGGACUGA